GGGGUUGUGUGUUAGCGGGGCCGGGGUGGGGGUCUGUGAUGGCGGCUGCCGCGCUCAGCCCCGCGUGGAGCAGCUCGGGUGGGUGAUGGAUGCUGCCGAGGGCACGCAGUGCUCGCAGGCAGUGCCGCUCUGGGGAGCAGGCCUGUGUGGGCCAAGCACCCCGCGGCCCAGCAAAUACAUGUCAGAAGUGCAGAAUGGAGACAAAAACAUUUUUUUCAGUCUGUGGACGACAGGGAAGGUACCGAGUGGAGCAGUGCCCGCGCUGGGUGGCACCUGGCACGUGUCUGAAGUCGUGGAGCGAGUAGCACUGCUUCAGGCCCACGGCACAUCACAGCACUCACAGCUCUGUGGUGGUUUCCACCCAAAGCAUACAAAGAGUCUGAGAAAAAUACUGAAUGGUGGGAAGAUGAAGGCUGGGCAGGCAGGAGGGUGGUUGGACUGGAUGGUCUCAGUGGGCUUUCCCAACCUCAGCGACCCUGUGUGGGCAGGCAGCAGGGCAGAGGAGGAGGAGCCAGGGCUGGCUGUGGGCAGCCGUCCCGGGCAGCCUGCCCAGCGCAGGCAGAGCAGGUGGAGGCAGCGGGAGGCAGCUCUCGCCCAGCCGGGGCAUGGAGGCUCUGGGCCCCCGCUGCCCGCUGCCCACCGCCCAGGGCUGCUCCCGGCCGGGCCGCGGCACCGUGCUGCUGGUGAUGAUGCUGUCUCUGCUGAUGUACCCCUUGCUGAGAAGCCUCGCUCUCCAGCUGCACUCCGCCAUCACUGGCAGCUAUGUCUCUGGGACCCACUCCAUCGUCUUCAUCAACUGCCUCAACGAGCAGACUGCCAAGGAUAUUGCAAGGGGCAUCAUGGACAAGAAGCUGGCUGCCUACGUGAACAUCCUGCCCAAGAGCUCGGCCUUGUAUUUCUGGAAAGGGGAACUGGAAGAAUCCACUGAAAUCCUGCUGUUAGUAAAAACAAGGACGUCCAAAAUAAGCGAAUUGUCCAACUACGUCAGAUCCAUCCAUCCCUUUGAAAUCCCCGAAGUCAUCAGCCUGCCUAUCGACCAAGGAAACCCCCUCUAUCUCAAGUGGAUCGGAGAAAAUGUCCCGCGGGAUUGAAUGAACAGCCCAGAAACCACCCUGCUCUCAAGGAGACGCGAUGAGACAAGCUCUGCUGGCGUCUGUGCACAGUGACACGGGGGAGCAGCUCACGUCCCCAGGCAUGUGCUACAGCAAAGGAGUUUGGGAUGGGGAAUUUUGCUUGAUCUUGAGACGUCCCCUCCCUGGCCUGGCCUUGCAGCACCACCAAGCUGGAGGCAGCACUGGGGCGGGGAAUGGCACCACAGGGCUGCUGCUGCCUGGAGGUGCUCGCAGCACUGCCCUGCAUCACCUGGGCAUGGUGCAGCAUGUGCCACUCACACACGUGGCACCGGCUGAGCCCCAGCAAGAGCCCUGCCUGUCAGCUGGGCUGAGCUGGGCAAAGCAACCCCAUUCGGGGACCCAGGAGCCAACAGGGCAUAGCCCCGCUGCUUUCUACCCAGACCAAGCUGAGCCUUAGAAAAAGGUGCUCGUGUUGCGUAAUUGGAUGUAAGCUACAAAAUAAAUCCAUUGUGUGGCUGGGAAAGGAAUAAACCAGAGCAUUUCCUACCUGCA